UAUAAUUAUGUAAGUUGUUUUGAUUUUUGAAGGCAUCUGAUGAUGACAGAUCACCAAUAUUGACGAUGUUACAAUCCUGUGAUUUUCUUCUCAAUCCUAUACCAGUCCAUGAGGCCCUCAAUCCGAAGUCUGACCAGGAGGCAGACAGCAGUAUACAAUGGCCAGGGUCCUCUAUCUUAUGCCUGACCAGGAGAACCUCAGUCCUACGACUCAACGGGAGAACCUCAGUCCUACGCCUGGUCGAGAGAACAUCAGUCCUACGCCUGGUCGAGAGAACCUCAGUCCCACGCCUGUCCAGGAGGACCUCAGUCCUACAACUGGCCAGGAGGACCUCAGUCCUACGACUGACCAGGAGGACCUCAGUCCUACAACUGGCCAGGAGGACCUCAGUCCUACAACUGACCAGGAGGACCUCAGUCCUACUACUGACCAGGAGAACCUCAGUCCUACACCUAACCAGGACUACCUCGGUCUUACACCUCACCAGGAGGCAGACAGUGUACCAAGGUUGACCACUGGCCUUUCAUUAAAUACUUCAAGAAAGACCAGAAAGGCUGGAUGAUGCAAGACAUCUUGCAUACAGUUCUUGAAGAGGAUCUGGCAGGCAGGUUGGAGGCACCAUCCAUCAAGACUCAUGGAAGAAAAACUUUGUUUAUAUUUGAAGGUCAGUUU